AUGGAAAAAUUCCCUUAAUUAUGUAAAUUAUUCAUUUAUAAGAGAUUUCUCGAUCUUCUCACCUAUAAUUAGGAGAAUAUACCCAAAAAAUAAUGGAAAUACUAAAAAUCUUUAUUCAAGAAUAAAACAUCAUAGACAUAAAUAAUUGAAUUUAUCUCUACCUCAUUAAAUAAGAAUUCCAACUCUCGAACAAGAUAAUCAUUAUUUUUUGGAAUAGAAUGAAAAAAAUAUCAAAAGUUACCUCUAACCAUUAAGAAAUGCUGUUGCUAAAAUUACAGAAUAGAGAUAAGAAUAAUAAUAUAGACGUAAAUCAACUUAUGGAUAAUUAUUUGGUGAACUAACUAAAAAAGAAAUGUGUAAUCUUCCUACAAUCGUAGAAUAACAUAAAUAAUUUAACAAAAAGGAAUUAGCCUUAACAAGUUUCGCAUUGAUGCUAGAAAGAAAAUAACGAAAAAAAACAACUAGAAAACUUUCUAAAAAAUUAUCAAAAUAAGAAUCUAUUAUUGGUAAUUAACAAUAUCUAAUUAAUUAGAAUUUGAUAAUAUGGAAAGACCUCCUUCUUGCAUCACUCCUCCUAAAAUGGUUUUAACACCAAAACCUCAGUUAAAAUCAAAAAAUUAAUUGAAAAAAGAAAAAUAUUUAAAAGACUAAGAUUUUAAAAUUGGGCACUUUCUAACAGGUAGAUUGUAACAAAACAAAAAAUCAUAACCAGAACUCAAUAAUAAAAUUCGAUACCAUUGUCAAACACAAUCCUGUGCAUCUCUACCUAAUGGAUAACUUAGUUCUUUUGCAUCAUCUCCUAAAGUUUUGACAACUAUUAAAUCAAAUACUUUGGCUAUUAUCUAAGAUUUCAAACUUAUAUCAAAAAAAUCAACUAUACGACCAUAUGCAAAACACAAUACAUUGUUAUUAAAAUAAAUUUAGUAGACAUUUGAAUUGAAACCAUUAAAUAGAUUAAAUAAACAUUCGAUUAAAAAUACUAAAACUAUUUUUGAAAGCAAUUAAAAUAUAUAUUGA